UAUUCCUUGGUUUACAACUUCCAAAGAGAAAGUGAUAUGUGUAAGUUGAAAUGUAAAAUUCAAAGAGUUCAACUAGGUUUAAAAUGUUUGUUGAAUAUGUGGCUUUCGACACAUGACAAUCUAUGAAAAAUUAUAUAUAAUUAGUGUUGCAUAAGUGUGACUAAAAUUUAGAUAAUGUUGUCUUUUAAACAAUGCAAAUUCUCUUGAAAGACCGUCUAACGAUAAGCAAUUGUCAGACCAUUGUUGGUAUUUGAUAUUUGCAACCCAUCAUUUACUUCCAAUAUUUUCAGCCCAUGCAAUACCUACCUGAUUAAUGCAAUCCACUAGUAUGACCCUCAUGAAAGUAGCCAAAACACGAAAGCUUACCAUAUUUUUCUAAUUCGUAUACAUUUUGCAAUUAGUUAACUUUUUUUAAUUAUAUAAUUUAGUCAAAUUAUAGCACUAUUUCGGAAACAAAUGCGCGCGACUAGUUGCGUAACAUCAUGCUGAGGUCAUCCGUCUGACUGAUAUGCGCUCGUAAACAGUCGGACACUAGACCUAUUGUCUAAACUAAGUAUUGCUCAUAUAGUCGUAUUAUACGAAAUCGUUUUGCGAUUUCAUCACAUAUUUGUUUUCCUUAAACUUAGGUGUAUAAUCUUUAUGAAACAAAACUUAUAGCAUAUAUAUUUCCUAAAAUGUCAAUAUCUAUUAGAUUAGAGUCUCUUUUUACUUAUAAAGUAAAACAUCAAAUCAUUUUACAAUUUUAAUGCUUUGAUAUCCCAUCAAAAAAAAACCUAAUACUUUGAUAAAAGUUGUGAUCCACUUUAUUUGUACUUUCUUACUAACCGACGUUUCGCUUUCAUUACGUAUAACAGAAAGAGAAAUAAAUAAAACUGGAAUUUAUGUAUAUAGAACAAGAUCCACAAUUUUCAAUUUCAUACUUGAACUUUUCAAACACCCAUUUCAAUUAUCUAAUCUUAAAAAAAACAAAAAUAUUCUUCCAAGUACCUUCCCUAGGAUUUUUCAUAUAAAAUUGCACAAUUGUUGUGAGUAAUUUUCUUUCACUCCCCUACAACCUAACAUAUUUCAACGGCUAAAAUCUCAACAAACACAAUAAAAAUACUUUCAAAUUUACUAUAAAAAGAAAAAAAAAAUCCCCCAAAAAUCAUAAAAACAAAAACUUUUCCUCUUUCAAUACCAUCACUAACAAAAUCAAAUUUAACCAUUUUCAAUAAAUUUCAAUUUUCCACCAUUACAUUACAAUGCAAUUCCUUAACAGAAUCAGCUUCACCACCAUCACCACCACUAAAACCCCAUUUCCCACGCUCUAAUAAAUUCGCCCAAAAUUAAGCUUCCAAAUUACCCAACCCACCAUAUUUAGAGACCUUAAAAUCAAAAUCUAACACAAACCCAGUUGAAAAUGGCACCUUUUAGCCCGACCCAAAAGUUUUUCCCCUUGGUUCAUCGGACGGCGGCGUUCUCGCCGGAAAAUACGCCGGUGACGGAAAAGAUGAAAUUAAGAGAGAGAAAGUACAAAACAAUGGAGGAAAUAUUGGCGAAAGCAAAGUAUGCGGUGGUAGAAAGAGAAGAUUAUUCGGAUGUAAAGUGUGAAGAAUGUAGGUCAGGUGAAAGUGAAGGAGAGAUUUUAUUAUGUGAUAAAUGUGAUAAAGGGUUUCAUAUGAACUGUGUUCGACCCAUUGUUGUUCGGGUACCCAUCGGAUCCUGGCUUUGCCCGUCUUGUUCGGGCCAUCCACGUGUAAGAAGUUUGUCGCAGAAGAAGAUUAUAGACUUUUUUAGAAUUCAGAAGUGUAAGGGUGUAAACUACGAUUUUACUUCUUCUCAAGAUUCCAAGAAACGUCGAAGACGCUCUGGCACAUUGGUUUGUUAUAAGAAGAAAAAGAGGAGACUGCUACCAUUUGUUCCAACUGAAGAUCCAGCUCAAAGGCUGGAACAAAUGCGUUCUCUUGCUACAGCUUUAACUGCACUGAAGAUGGAGUUUUGCAAUGAACUAACCUAUGUGCCUGCGAUGGCUCCAAGAUCUGCUAAUCAGGCAAAAUUUGAAGAUGGGGGAAUGCAGGUGUUGUCAAAAGAGGAUCAUGAGACGGUGGAACAAUGCCGAGCUAUGAUCAAAAGAGGCGAAUGCGCACCCCUAUUGGUAGUUUACGAUUCAUGUGAAGGAUACACUGUUGAGGCUGCUUCCCCAAUCAAGGAUAUGACAUUCAUAGCAGAAUACACUGGAGAUGUGGAUUUCAUAAAAAAUCGGGAACGGGAUGAUUGUGAUAGUUUAAUGACCCUUCUUCUUACAACAGAUCCAUCUAACAGUUUGGUCAUCUGUCCUGACAAACGUGGAAAUAUUGCUCGAUUUGUUAGUGGCAUCAACAACCAUACUACGGAAAGUAAGAAGAAACAGAAUCUUAAAUGUGUGAGGUACGAUGUAAACGGUGAAUGUUGUGUUCUUCUAGUUGCUACCCGUGACAUCGCCAAAGGAGAGAGGCUGUACUAUGAUUAUAAUGGGUACGAGCACGAGUAUCCGACUCAUCAUUUCAUUUGAGGUCCUGCAUAGAGGCUACCAUCUAACUUGGAAAGCAGUGACAUCCUUGUAAACCUGGGUUCAUUGCAUCAAAUUGGGGGUAAUUUUAUUCUCUAGUUAUUAUUGAUGCACAGCCAACAUUAUUUAUUCUUCCCCUUUUUUUCUCCUAUAAUUAAGUUCCUUCUGAUCUCCUUCUCUAGAUUUUGUUAAGUUCAUGAGAUUUAUCCAGCCGAAAUUUAUCAUGAUUUUCUAGGGAAAUUUUAGAGGUCCACGACGUGGACAAGAGAACUAUAGAUCAGCUGAAAUGUAUUUUUUGGGAUUAUGAUUAUGAUGGAUGGUUUUUGGCUGGCGCACAAUGUUGAUGACCAUCCUGAUUUGGACCACAGAAAACAAUGAAAAUGACUCAAUUUUCAUCUUAGCUUUCUCUUCAA